AAUCGGACGCGAAAAAUUACCGAUAUAUAUGUGGCUGGCAAAAGAAGAGACAUGCCGCUCACCUCUCCCCUGCUAAAUCUCCGCUCCCUCCACUGUCGUAUCCGCCACUGCUACUCCUCCACCGUCCGAAACUUCAUGGCCGCCGCCGAGCCCAUAAGCCCAUCAAACACUCGUGUGGGCUGGAUCGGCACUGGCGUCAUGGGCCAGUCCAUGUGCGCCCACCUCAUCCGGGCCGGCUACACUCUCACCGUCUUCAACCGCACUGCUUCCAAGGCCCAACCUCUCGUCGACCUCGGGGCCCACUUCGCUGCUUCCCCCAACGCCGUCGCCUCCCGCUCCGAUGUCGUAUUCUCCAUCGUCGGCUACCCCUCCGACGUGCGAUCCGUCCUCCUCCACCCAACCUCCGGUGCGCUCGCCGCCCUCCGCCCCGGCGGUGUCCUAGUUGACAUGACCACCUCGGAGCCCUCCCUCGCCGCCGAAAUUGCGGAGGCAGCCGCGGGCAAAGGCUGUCACUCCGUCGACGCCCCCGUCUCCGGCGGCGACCGAGGCGCGAAGAACGGAACCCUAGCGAUUUUCGCCGGCGGGGAGGAAUCGACAGUGAAGAAUCUGGAACCCUUGUUUUCAGUGAUGGGGAAAGUGAACUACAUGGGAGGGAGUGGGAAGGGGCAAUUCGCGAAAUUGGCGAAUCAGGUGACGAUAGCGUCGACGAUGGUGGGGCUGGUGGAGGGAAUGGUGUACGCGCACAAGGCGGGGUUGGAUGUAGGGUUGUACCUGGAGGCGAUUUCCACCGGCGCGGCCGGUUCGAAGUCGCUGGACUUGUACGGAAAGAGGAUCUUAAAGAGGGAUUUUGAAGCGGGGUUUUUCGUGAACCACUUUGUUAAAGAUUUGGGGAUUUGUCUGAAGGAAUGUCAGAACAUGGGGAUUGCUUUGCCUGGUUUGGCUCUUGCUCAACAGCUUUAUUUGUCGCUUAAGGCUCAUGGUGAAGGAUAUUUGGGUACUCAGGCUCUGAUUUUGGUACUCGAGCGACUCAACAAUGUCUCUCUUCCUCCCUCCGAUGCCUGAAAUCUCAAAGCAACCAUUCUCUCUCUCGUCUGUUACUAUUUUACUUCUACUGCAUUGCCCUCUCCACUCUGCUGUCUCACACAACGCUAUGGCAUAAUAAAGUCUGGUGAUUGAGUUUUACCCUUUUUCUCAUUGGAGAAUCCUUUGGUAUCAAUUGGGGGUUUAAUGUUUCCUACCUCUUUAUCUGAAGAGUUAUAACAUUGUUGUAUCAUUUAGUUAUGAACAAAUUAUCCUAUUUUCAAUGAAGUUUUCACAUCAUGGAAGUGUAGCUUCCAGAAUGCAUAGAAGGAGGCUGAUAGCAAUUUGGGGUGGCGGCAAUGGCAAUUCGCUUUAUUUCAGGUUUCCUAGUCGAUGGGUUAAAAAACAACACCGAUUAAGAGGUUGUAGUUGGCCACGCAAAAACCAAGGUUGAUGUUUGCUGUAGUGUAGGUUUUAUACUUUUUGUUUUUGCUGUGAUGUUUGGAUUGGACUUGGACCUAUGAAUGUUGUUUACUUGUGAAAGCCUUCUCUC